AUGUCUCCUGCUUCCGAUGACGAGGGAGUAGACCAGCUCUACGAUUCGGACGAAGAUGUCGGGUCUGACGCUUCCGAGUUCACGCCUCCACCCGGGGCGGAUGACCCAGAAGGUCUGCAACUAUUCAUGGACAGGAUCACAGAAGGGCAGCUGGAAGAUCCGGAACACCAGGUGAUGGACUGCAAGAGACUGUAUGAGAUGGUGAAAGACGAGAGUAUCGAUCUGGAUCCCUCAUAUCAACGUGACGUGGUAUGGAGCACUGCAAAACAAGUUGGCCUUGUUGAAAGCUUGAUGCUUAAAUAUUACGUCCCGCCCAUAAUAUUCGCUCUCAUCAAUAUCCGUACAUUGCAAGAAAAGUACAUCUGCAUAGAUGGAAAACAGCGUGUCACUUCUAUCAUACGGUUCAUGGACGGCGAUAUCCCAUACUCUCGGCCUGGUUCGAAUGAAAAGUUUUGGUGGACGGAUGUGGGAGCACCGGGAAAGAGAAAGGUCCUCCCGGGGCCUCUGAAGAAGCUCUUUGAGAAGAUCAAACUCCCAUCGGUGACGUACAAGGAGCUCGGGGAUGAUCAGCAGAGAGAUAUCUUCCAGCGUGUCCAGCUUGGUGUUGCACUCUCAUCUGCCGAGAAACUCCAGGCCAUCUCAUCCCCGCGCUCUUUGUGGAUCACCUUUCUGGAGCGCAAGUACAUUGAUGGUGAAUCUGGCACUCUCAAGGGCCUGAUAAAUUGGGAUCUGAAACGAGCGAAGGGCUUCCAGAAUACAGCAUUCUUCGUCUGCCUCGCCAGCAUGAACUUUGACAAGCGAGCCGAGGGUAGUAGAUCAUCAGGACGAUCCACAUGGACGUCCGGUUUUGAGAACUGUUCUCCAGCGAUGGUGCCUACGACCCGCAAAUUGAAGACGUUCGUCGAGCGACCGGAUGAGCCGAACGACGCCUUCAAGGCAAAGGUAGAGCUGGCAUUGGCCAUAUGGGUCAAGAUCGGACAGGAGUUUGGUCAGAGCAUGUUCAUACCCUAUGUCAUCUUUACUCACGCCGCUCACUUGACUAUCCCUCAACUCGCCAAAGUCAUCGGCAACCUCCGUGUCGAGAUACACACUAAGCACCACGGCAACGUGCUCACCAACGCCAAAACCGCACAAACAUUCAGUGAUUGGUUGCUGAAGACGCCGGCUUCGAUAGCGAAACAGGUGGGCAAUAAGGAGGAAAGACAGUUUGCGGCGGAGGAGUGUGAGAAGGAGGUGCAUGUGGGAGUGCCCGUCAAUGGGGAAGGACCGGCGAAGAAGAAGAGAAGGAAGGGAUAG